AUGUUUCAUUUGAAGCUUCUGGCUAUUUUCGCGGCUGUUUCUUUCGCUCAAUUUUCUUCCAGCGCGACAAUUCCCUUUCCGAUUCCCAGACCGCCGCUCGAAGAAAAUCAUUCUUCUGACGAUUUGUUUUCAACCUUGUUUGACAAAGGAGCGAGAGAUGAUUACAGCAGAAAUGCGAAGUUUCGACAAAUUUUCCGACAGACUUAA